GCACCACCCCGGUCCCCCCCUCUUUCCAACCUUCCUCCCCAGCGCCUACUCCCCGUCCCCUGAGACCUAAAUUGGAGCUCCUUAGCCCUCUCCGUUUACCUCUUCCCGAGACUUCAACUCCUGCCAGGUCGGGGCCGGCAAGCCAGCUGCCUUGAUUUGGGAAGGGCCUUAGGAGGAUGGCGUCCACACCUACCAGGAAUGAGGAGGAAAAGGGCAGCAGGAUGUCCCAAGCUGCAACCUCCUUGGGUGGAGGUCCAGUGAGCAUGGGGGUUUCAUUAUCCCGUUCUGAGGAAUUCCUGACCCAGAUCAGCACAGAACUUACUGAUGAGGCCUUGUUUACCGCUGGCUACGGCACGAACCCUGUGCCCACCAAGGAAAAACAGACCCAAGACCGAGGGACUCAGAUAUCCAAACACGUGUUCUUCAAGACCCGAGGCACCGACACCCGUUCUGACAGAAACCAUACCCGCACCAAGACCCACCUCCUGCCAUCCCCUCGUGACAAGGUUUGUACCGAGUCCAUGAAUGACAACGCCAUUCAGUAUUAACCGAACGAACGUGUGGAGUUCACAGGCUAUGCGAGUCCCCGUUUCAGGAGUUUGGGACCCAGAAACGAACGAUACGGUCUCUGCCCCUGAAGAGUUCACGGUGUCGUGUGGGACCGGUCAAGUAGA